AGGUUGGUAAGUAUGGCGGCCGUUAGACUGAGGUGUUGGCAGUAAUCUGAAUGGUUCAUUACCGGCCGUAGAUUCAGCCAUGCGGGACGCUUUAGUUACCUGACAAAACGGGUUCUGUUUCGGUUCGAACGAUGGCACUAGUUUAUGAUCUGGUAUGGCGCGUGCUUCACGUACUACUGCAGCUGCAGCGCGCGGCGUUGGGAUGGCUGCGAGCUCGCGCGCUCAGGCGGACCGGACUACUUUUCUGGAGGCGAGCUGCGGCCGCGGUUCUAGUUCCGAUAGUCCGCGGCUUUACCGGGUCUGGAACCGGGACUGGAUCUGGGAGCGGGACGCGGAUGGGCCGCCGGGCUCGGGUGUGCUCGGACGGGAAGGCUUUGGAGAAGGUACCGCAGCAUGUGGGGCUGCUGAUCGCCGAGGAGGAGCAGCACUACACCGACAUCGCUAAUGUUGUGGUGUGGUGUAUGGCGCUGGGAAUCUCGUACAUCUCCGUCUACGACCAUCAAGGUGUGUUCAGGAGGAACGACUCCAGACUGAUGGAGGAGAUUGUGAAGCAGAAGAAGGAAUUCCUGAGCUCGGAAAAAGGCCCCAAGUUCGCGUCCGAGUUCCUGAACGACGGCACGGACCAGACCGAACGCGCGUUGCCGUAUCAGACGGUGGUGAAGGUUUUGUCUCCGGACGACGGGAAGCUCGGUAUCGUGCGAGCGGCGCAGCGGUUGUGUGAAACUGUAGAGCGGAGAGAGCGAGCGCCCGACGACAUCACCGUCACCGACCUGGACUCCCUACUGCGAGAGUCGAAGGACUUUCCAGACCCAGAGCUGGUGCUGAAGUUCGGCUCGGUGGAGAGCACGCUCGGCUUCCUGCCCUGGCACAUCAGAUUAACGGAGAUCGUCUCUUUACCUUCCCACAAGGACGUCUCCUACGAGGACUUCCACGGCGCCCUCCGGUGUUACGCGGCCUGUGAGCAGCGGCUGGGGAAGUGACGGAUCCUCCUGCGAACAGCCGAAAGGACAGAACUUUGGGGAUUCGGGGGAGGGAAAGAAUGGAGGACGUGAGCCGCCCCUGCGUGCUCGUUUACAGUCCACACAGAGGAGCGUUUAGCGUCCGGACGGCACACGCGGCGUGGCGUACCUGUGACCCUGUGCACUGAGUCUGUGUGUGAAUGUGUGUGUGUGUGUGUGUGUGAGAGAGCCUGCGCUGCUGCUGGGUGUCUUGACGUGGAGCAGAACCUUAUUUUUAUCCGAUCCAGAGCGGCUUUAGAGACUCGGUUAGCAAUGUGGUGUGAACCGAAUCGGCCCACAGAAUCAUCCAGCUCGUCGUAUGGAAACCAGUUCAUACCAGUAAACCAGUAAAGGACUCGUGAUUCAUCGACUGUGGUUGCAAUAAAUCGUGCUUCGCGUCUGGUGUGUGGCUGAGAGUGUAACUCUGCAUGUGAGCUGGUUUGUGUGUGUGUGUGUGUGUGUGUGUGUGUGUGUGUGUGUGUGUGUGUGCGCAAGGCCACUAAUGAUUGUACACCUUAUAAACCUUGAUGUUGAUCUACAGUUGUCAGGACGACGCCACAUAAAAUUAAUCAGUCAAAAUACUGUAUAUUUUGUAAUUUUAUUUCAUCCCUUAAAUCUUUUCCUGUUGAUUUAAUGGUGGGCGGCACAGAAGGUCUUGGGUUUGAGUCCUUUUUCAGUGUAAUUUGCAUGUUCUGUUCUUUCUGUGUCUGAGGGUUUCGUCCGGGUGCUCCGGUUUCCUCCAUCAAGUCCAAAAACGUGCAUUCAGGGUUAACUGGAACUACUAAAAUUGCCCCGUGUGUGUGCGCGCUCUGUGAUGGACUGGCGACCUGUCCGGACCCUCUGUGACCUUGACCAGGAUAAAACAGCAGUAAAACAAACAAACGGACAAAUAAAUGAAUGAUUUGACCGAGUGAAAGAUUCGAAGGACUUCCACCAUGAUUCUAACCUCAAGAGCCCAUCGAGUCUGAACCUUCUCCGAUUCAUCACCAGUCUGUAUCGUUAAUUGUAGCUCAUCAUAUAAAAGGUUAAUAUAUUAGUGUCCAGUGUGAAUGUUUAAUAAAUGUUACUGAAACACGAA